UUACCUUCUCACUUACACAAUGAAGAUUUCCGUAGCCUUUUUCUUUGUUGUAUCAGUCGCAGUACUUUCUUUAUGUCUUUCUGUCGAUGGCUUAGAGAAAUUUUCUCGAGGAACUUUUUCACAGAAGUCGAUCAUCAAGAAUAAAGCCGGUACUCAUAUUCGUGGUUAUGAUGACCAGGACAAGGAGGUUAUUGGCUAUCAUAAUGAUGAUAAAUUAGGCGGAGACAUUUACCAGGAUGAUAAAGCACGCCUAGAAAGUUAUGAUGGUGGCAAAAAGAAGUGUAAGGAAUGCAAGAAAUGCAAGAAGUGUAAGCACUGCAAGAAGUGCAAAGACCAUAAGGAUCAUGACAAAGACAAAGACUGCAAGAACUGCAAAGAUUGCCAGAAAUGUAUGGAAUGUUCUUACUGCAAAGACUGCAUGGAUUGUAACGACUGCAAAGACUACAACGAUGACAAAGAAUGCAAAAACUGUAAGGACGAUAAAGACUGCGAGAAAUGCAAAAAAUGCCAAAGCUGCAAGGAUUGUUCCUACUGCAAAGACUGCAAGGAUUGUAAGGACUGCAAAGACUAUAACGAUGACAAAGACUGCAAGAAAUGCAAGGACGAGAAUGACUGCCAGAAAUGCAAAGAAUGCCAAAGCUGCAUGGAUUGUUCAUACUGCAAACUCUGCCAAGACAAGGGUUGUACAAACUACAAGGACAAAAAAGAGUGUAAAGACGGUGAAGACUGCCAAAACUUCAAAGGCGAUGACGACGAUGACGACGACGAUGAUGAUUGUGAUGACGAAUGCGACGACGAUGACUGUGAUGAUGAUUGUGAUGAUGACUGUGAUGAUGAUUGCGAUGACGAUGACGAUUUGGAAGGAAAAAGAGAAACCAUGUCCGAUAAUUAAUUAUAAUGACGUCGGUGGAAAGGCAGUACUGCGAUCACGGUUAACAUCCUUCUUGGUUUGGUUUCAAUGUAUAAGAAUAUAAAAAUUACUUGAAUAAAUGAUUGUGCGUGAAUGGAUUAGUGUCCAUUCAUAACGUAUGAUUUGAUGCAUGUAUAAUUGCAUCCCAUGUAAUCUAAUUAAUCCUAUAAUUAUGUUAUGGUGUGUUGUUUUUGAAUC